GAGGCAGUUGCUUCAAAACUGAGCGUGUGAAAGCGAGUGUGCGUGUUUUGCGAGAGGAGCGGCUAUGAGAUCGGACUCGCCGCAGAAACAUGACGGCUUCAAGUGGUCAACGUUGGUACCCUGGUCCAAUCCCAUCCGGAAGGCGGCGGCCGCCGAGACGAAGCCCCCCGGGAAUGCAGCGGGAGGACCCAAGCUGAAGCUGAAGUUCCCCAAGGUGCGGGGCCUCAAAACACCUCAAGUCAGGCGUAACAGCACCUGCGCCACAGACAAACAGACGGAGCCCCAAGAUAUCCCUGACUUCAUAGGUGCGUUCGGUCAAAAACACACUUUUUGCUAUUACGACGUCUUCCUUCAGAGACUUCAUUUGAAACCGUUUUCAGCACCGCCGCCGCCACCGCCGCUGACCUUUGAGCAGCAUCUUUCGGCGCUGCACCUGAGCGAGGCGGGCCGGCUGCUGCUGGCCCGAGAGGAGCGUCUUUUCGUGGGCAGCUUCGACGACAAGCCACCCCCCCUCGAGGUGCCGGCAGGGGACGUGAACGCCCUGGCGGCUGACCGGCAAGCUUUGGAGGAGGCGGUGCUGCAGACGCUCAGGGUCUCCCUGGACCAAGUGGACGCCGACGCUCUCAAGUCAGCCGUGAUGUUUAUGCAGCAGGAGGACGAGUGCGACAAAGCAUGGGAGCGAUAUGGAGGCAUGGCGCCGCCCUGGAGGCUCAGGGGCUGGAGGCAGCUUCACGACGAGACGCUGCGCAGUCUGGUAGAGGAGCGCAUGGACGCCCCGCCCACGCCCUCCACGGGGCAGUCGUCCAUCCAGGCCGACGUGCACGGCAUGGGCCGGCGGCUGAGGCGGGACCUUCUGCUGGUGGCGGAGCGCGUCAAGCCGUGCUACCCGAGCCACCUCGCCAUUUGCCAACUGUACGCCACCUGGUACCACCAGUGCAUCAGUGCCAGGCUCAGGAGGCUGGCCGACUUCGGGCUGGACGACCGGGACUGCACCUUCCUGCUGCGCUGGGUCAACGACUACUACCCGCAGUUGCUUCAGGAACCUCAGCUGGCCGCCGACAUCGACGCCAAAGUCCUUCAAGAUCUUCUACCUGAAAAUCUCCUCUCACCUCUGCAGGAACAAUACCUCAGCCAUCAGCAGCGAGAGCUGACCACGUACGUCGGACGCGUCCUAGACCAGGCCCACGAGACCUGGACCAAAGGCGAGGAGCCGCCCGAGGAAGACGGAUGCUUCGUCAGUCCGACGGCCUAUGACAUCAUUCAGAUGGUCAACGGCAUCGUGAAUGCGGCGGCGAAGGUGGUGGGCGACCCGCGCAAGGCUCAGAAUUUGACUCGUCAGCUGCCAGACUUGCUGCACAGGUUCAGGACGUUCCAGGCCGAAGUCAUCAAGCGCAACAAGGCCAACAGCGCCGCCUUCGUCAAAGCCAACCUCGGCUGUGUGGCGCAGUUCAGGCACUUCCUGAGCACGCAGAGCCGCCUGUUCCCGGAGGAGGUGCGCCAAGGCUGCCUGAGCAUUCUGAGCGACAUGAAGCAAAGCGCACACGACUACCUGCUGACUCCCGUGCACAGGAACCUCAAGUCGCGCUACCGGAAGCUUUUCAGCCAAGAGUGGUUGAAAAAGUCGACGCUGGAGCUUCUGCUAUCUGGCCUGGAGGACGAAAUUCCUCAGCUUCGAGGUUCAACCGAGUCCUGUCACCGGGAGCUGCUCGGCCAGCUGCACCAGGAAGUGUCGGUGGAGUACGCUCGCAGGCUUCUCAAGGGGGAACUCAAGCUGAAGGACAAACGGCAGCAGCAACAGGCCGCCGACAACGUGGAGGACGACGCGCGCGCUCUGCGCGACUUCUUCGCCAGACACAGCUCUGAGGAGGCGUGGCUUCAGGAGGCUCUCAGCAUGAUGGCCGAAGUCCUGAAGCUCCAGGAUCUCCCUGCCAUCCAGUUCCAGGUGGCCUCGCUGGGAAGCUCUUUCCCCGACUUCAGCGAGAAGCAUGUGAUGUCUUUGCUCAAACUGAAGUGCAGCCUCACCAAGGAGGAUAAGAUGAACGUACAGGCCGUCCUGGCGGAAAUUCCCAAGGACUGCGGACGAUCGCGGCCUUUUUUCUCAUUUGUCCUGGUCAAAUAGCGAUGGUGCCAAAUAGUGAUCCGCCACGCUCCAAGCGCAAUGUGGUACCCGUUAUUCUAUGUGUGUAUGUGUGUGUGUGUGUUUUAUGAAUUGUUGAGCAUUCGGGCCAUCUUAUUUUUGUAUAGGUUGAACAUGUACAUUUUGUUUAAUAAAGGAAAUGGCCAGAGUUUUGCA